GAAGGAGGAUCAAAGGUUUGGUGCGUUUUUAGGCUUUUUUUUCCUAUGGAAGAGGAUAAUUUUGAUAUCGAUAUAUAUGAAGAUGAGCCAUUGACAUAUGAGGAGACAAAGGAGCAGGAGGGCUUUGAACAGGAGGGUUUCAAGACAGCAGAGAUUGAUGCGGAAGGAGAUAAAGUUGAUUAUUGUCAAAUAAACAAUAAAUCAGAAAGCAAUGAGGAAAAAACGACAGAAGAUGUAAAUGCAUUAGAGACGUCAGAAGAGACGGAGAAAAUAGAUACUAGACCUAUUGAUACAUCUGCUACUACGGCGCUUUAUUUGGGUGAAAUGAAUUGGUGGAAUUCGGAUGAAGAUAUACGAAAUGUAGUUCUGGAAGCGGGAAUUGAUUGUGAAUUAAAAGAGAUUACAUUUAACGAGCAUAAAGUAAACGGAAAGUCUAAAGGAAUUGCAUUUGUUGAAUUUACAACACCGCAAGCAGCAACAGCAGUUAAAUUGUUCCUUGAAAAUACAACAAACCCGGCAUAUAUGAAUGGAAACAAAAAAUUUAGUGUUAGCUUUUCAUCAUUGUCAAAUCCAUUUCGUACGCUUCCUAAAGAACCACCUUCUAAAACUAUUCGCGGACGCAAUGAUAUGGCACCUACAAAUACACGAGGACUAGCAAGAGGCAAUGUGAACAACAGAAAUAUGACAGGAUAUGGAAAUCGUAUGAAUAAUGCAGGCAUUCAGGGAAAUAUGAUGAUGACAGGUCUUCCAGGGAGAAUACCAUUUCCUAAUAUGAUGCCAUUUGGAACAUAUUCUCAAUCACAAAAUGCAGCAGGAUCAGGCUUUAAUGCUAAUAUGAUGGGUUAUGGAGGAUUUGGUGGGUCACAAGGGUUUCCUGCACCUCAUUUUAACCCUGCAUUCUUUGGAAAUGCACAAGAUCCUAAUACAUUCUCUGAUGCAAAUCCUCAUGGUCAAAAAAGGCAAAGAGGGACAGAAUAAAUUCUAAAAUACCAAAAACAUAGUAUUCUUUAAGGACAAAUUAACA